AUGGUACCCGAGAGGAACGACUCACCUCGAGAAGGCAUGGCCCAUGCCACUUGUCUUGUCCAUGCCCACCGCCGGCAGUUUAAGCUGCCGAGGAUGCUACUGUUCCUGCUGCUCCUGUGGCUGCUGCCCACCACGGAAGGAUCCCAGCGGGUAGAGCCCAUGUUCACCGCAGUCACCAACUCAGUUCUGCCACCCGACUAUGACAGCAACCCCACCCAGCUCAACUAUGGCGUGGCAGUGACCGAUGUGGACCACGACGGGGACUUUGAGAUCGUCGUGGCAGGGUACAAUGGCCCCAACCUGGUUCUGAAGUACGAGCGGGCCCGGAAGCGGCUGGUGAACAUCGCCGUCGACGAGCGCAGCUCACCCUACUACGCGCUGCGGGACCGGCAGGGCAACGCCAUCGGGGUCACAGCGUGCGACAUCGACGGGGAUGGCCGCGAGGAGAUCUACUUUCUAAACACCAAUAAUGCCUUCUCCGGCGUGGCCACAUACACUGACAAGCUGUUCAAGUUCCGCAACAACCGCUGGGAAGACAUCCUGAGCGACGAGGUCAACGUGGCCCGUGGCGUGGCCAGCCUCUUUGCCGGACGCUCCGUGGCCUGUGUGGACAGGACGGGCUCCGGACGCUACUCCAUCUACAUCGCCAAUUACGCCUACGGGAACGUGGGCCCUGAUGCCCUCAUUGAGAUGGACCCCGAAGCCAGUGAUCUUUCCCGGGGCAUCCUGGCACUCCGAGAUGUGGCUGCGGAAGCUGGGGUCAGCAAAUACACAGGCGGCCGGGGAGUCAGCGUGGGCCCCAUCCUCAGCAGCAGUGCCUCAGACAUCUUCUGUGACAACGAGAACGGGCCCAACUUCCUCUUCCACAAUCGGGGUGACGGCACCUUCGUGGAUGCUGCGGCCAGUGCUGGGGUGGAUGACCCCCACCAGCACGGGCGAGGCGUUGCCCUGGCCGACUUCAACCGAGACGGCAAGGUGGACAUCGUCUACGGCAACUGGAACGGCCCCCACCGCCUCUACCUGCAGAUGAGCGCCCAUGGGAAGGUCCGAUUCCGGGACAUCGCCUCACCCAAGUUCUCCAUGCCCUCCCCGGUGCGCACAGUCAUCGCCGCCGACUUUGACAAUGACCAGGAGCUGGAGGUCUUCUUCAACAACAUCGCCUACCGCAGCUCCUCCGCCAACCGCCUCUUCCGCGUCAUCCGCCGGGAGCAUGGAGACCCCCUCAUCGAGGAGCUCAACCCCGGAGAUGCCUUGGAGCCUGAGGGCCGGGGCACAGGGGGCGUGGUAACGGACUUCGACGGAGACGGGAUGCUGGACCUCAUCUUGUCCCACGGAGAGUCCAUGGCGCAGCCGCUGUCCGUCUUCCGGGGGAAUCAGGGCUUCAGCAACAACUGGCUGCGAGUCGUGCCCCGGACGCGGUUCGGGGCCUUCGCCAGGGGGGCGAAAGUGGUGCUGUACACCAAGAAGAGCGGGGCCCACCUGAGGAUCAUCGACGGGGGCUCUGGCUACCUGUGCGAGAUGGAGCCUGUGGCCCACUUUGGCUUGGGGAAGGAUGAAGCCAGCAGCGUGGAGGUAACGUGGCCGGAUGGCAGGAUGGUGAGCAGAAACGUGGCCGGCGGGGAAAUGAACUCGGUGCUGGAGAUCGCCUACCCCCUGGACGAGACUAACCCUCAGGACCCAGUCCCACUGGAGUGUGGCCAAGGAUUCUCCCAGCAGGAAACUGGCCAUUGCAUGGACACCAACGAGUGCAUCCAGUUCCCGUUCGUGUGCCCUAGAGACAAGCCCGUGUGCGUCAACACCUACGGGAGCUACAGGUGCCGGACCAACAAGCGCUGCUCUCAGGGCUACGAGCCCAACGAGGAUGGCACGGCUUGUGUGGCUCAAGUGGCCUUUUUAGGUGGGUACCCCUCGGCGGCAUUGAGACUCUCUGAGCCUCUAUCUUGGGCCUCCCAUCUUUCUUUAGGCCUUGGACUUUGCCUUCCGUUAUAUGCACUUUAAAUCCCAUCAAUAAAAAAGGAGAAAAAACAAAAAGCCUAAACUAAACAAACAACUUCUGUGGAACACUAAAUCUCUCUCCCGCUGCCUGUCUCUCUCCACACCCGGUAUCUUCUGCUGCUGCGGCUCCCCUCUUGAGUGGCCAGCAGGGGUGGCCAUCUUUGAAAAGGGACACGAGAGAGCUACUGACACUUAGCGGCUUGCGAAGGCUUUCUUUGCAUGGUUUUAUGUUUUCGUUGUUUUGAGAGAACAGAAAAGGAAAGCCUCACCCAAGCCCCAGUCAGCCUCCCCAGCCAUCCAGAAGCGUCAAGGCAGCCCUCUUUCUGUACCCUCCAGCGUCCUGAGCGGCUUAGUCUGCCCUUAACAAAGAUGGCUCCUCCGCGCCGCUCGCUGGGUUGAUUUCUCAAUGUAGCCUGUGCCUGCUGGCUUCACCUGUGCUGUCCCUGCUUUGUGCCCCUGACUCCUUGUGCGAGAGAAAGCCAUAGGGGGGUUGGUGGGAGAU